CUUGCGGUUGGGGGUGGGUGGGGUGGGGGUGGGGUGGGGGGGCAUUCCUGCAAUCAUGAGGUAUUGGCUCGGGGUAGGCUCGGCAACCACGCUGGGGAGGGGGCGGCGGCGCUUUUUAAGCAAGAUAUUGACAUUACUUAGCCUGAAAUGAAACUUAAGUUGUUUAUGCUAUUAAUUACUCUGACGGGAGCUGUCUGUAUUCUAAUUCGCUUAACUGCUUUGCGAAGGUUGUCGGGCCCCGCCAAGGCCCCGUACCCAUGCCAAGGCUUUUGGCCACCCGUCUUGACAAAUCGAAAAGUGGAUCAAGCAUGGAUUAAUGCCCAGGUGGCAUUUUGGUAUGGUGAUCUCUACUCCCUAGUGCUUGAAGGGCAAUGGGGGACCAUAAAAAGGAUGCUAUUGAGCUCCCCAUAUGGAACACAUGCUGAAAUGCUUGACAUGCACGACACUACCGAAGACAAUGUUCAACGCAAGUAUCGCGAUUUUGCUGCAUACCGUCAUAAAGAUAAUGCUGCGGGUUUAUGCGAUUUUCUUCGUCAUGCGCCGCAUGGGAAAUGGUUUUCGGCUACGCAUCGAUUUCCAAUACUAUUGGUCGAUUGUAUCGGUGAAAAUCAACCAGUUAUCAGUUUGGCACGAUCAGUGAACCCGGGUGAAGAAAUGGCAUUGUUAUGGCCCAACGGUUAUUUAGUUUCAGCCGCGUUACAGGGAUUGGUUGAUGAGAAGUCGUUUAUGCUGAAGAGACGAUUGGUCGUUGGUCGGUUCGCUUUGUCUGGUCCUGUUCAACACAUUCCAACCUAUCAUAAGGGCCUGAUGAAGACUUCUAGGCUAAGUGUUGUUCAUCAUUGGCGUAACGCAAGUUUUACGGAUGUGGGAAUUUCGUCAGUGCCCAUGUAUCAGUGGACAUUUCUACGCGAACUUGGGUUGGUUGGACAAGUGAACUCGUCUAUUCGUCCUCAGAUGCGCGUCACAGAGCUCUUACAGUACAGGUAUAUCUUGUGCAUCGAAGGCGCAGAUGUCUCUACUGCUUUCGGAUGGGCAUUGGCAUCUUACUCCGUACCUCUACAUCCGUAUCCCUUCGUUUACAACGUUUGGUACUUCAAUGGGUUGAGGCCUUGGGUUCAUUUCGUACCUCUUAAGCCGGAUGGUUCAGAUCUCGAAUCUGCCUAUUGGUACUGUGAGACACAUCUUCGUCGUUGCAACGAGAUAGCCCUGGCCGGUCGCCAGCAUAUGGUGCGUAUGCUCGAUGUUGAGUACUUGUCUCGUAUUAAACGAGAAGUUGUCAGUCUGUGGAAUUUGGAAGCAUGAGCAAAGUGCUCGGAGUGAGGGUUUGAUACCACGCGCCGCACCCCAAAAAUCGCCGCGUUGAUCUAAUCGUGCGACUAGCCAACCGCCUAUCUUGGGGAGUAACGGGGCUGCCCUAGCAUCGUCUGAUGUGUCGCUGGGCGCACAAUAGGGACGUAUGAGGACGUGCCCUGGUGCUGUGCCGACUUGUUCCCCUGGGGAGACAGACUCCAAUGCACCACGCGCCAACCCCCUCACGAACGCCGACACAGCACAGCUAGCACAGCCGGGAUACUACUGGUGGGCGGACCUGGGGCGCGGCCUCACCCUAACCCUCACUUACACCCGACACCCCGAAGUAUCAACCAACU